UUAUCCUUGUUGACAGAUCAGUUGCUCCUACAGUGUGGUAGAUUGUAAUUUCUUACCUGAAGAAAUCAGCACCAAUUAGGAAAUGGCCAAAGUUGAAAAGUUUGCUUUUCAUGUUCCAAGUCUGGAGGAGCUUGCUGGGGUUUUGCAGAAAGGGCUUAAAGAAAAUUUUGCUGAUGCUCAAGUCUCAGUUGUAGACUGUCCUGAUCUGACACAGGAACCCUUCAACUUUCCUGCUAAAGGAAUCUGUGGAAAGCCUAGAAUAGCAGAUGUGGGAGGUGUUCCUUACCUCAUACCUGUUGUACAGAAAGAAAAAGUUUACGAUCUAAAUACAGUUGCAAAAGACAUAGAACUGCCUGGAGCUUUCAUUCUUGGAGCUGGAGCUGCUUCAUCUAAGAUUCUUGGUGUAAAUGCUGAGCUUAUCCCUAUUGUUCAAACUAAGAGUGAAAAAAAGCCUGCUGUAAAUGGGAGUUACAUUGCUCAGAUAAAUCCUGCAGACAAAGGGUGCCUGCUUGAGAAGUACAGCAGUAAAUAUACUGACUGUGAGUUUGGGCUGUUGGCCAACCUUUAUGCCAGCGAGGGCCAACCUGGUAAGGUCCUUGAAGUGAAAGCCAAUGGAAGAACUGGGGAACUUAACUUUGUGUCUUGUCUGAGACAAAUUUUAGAGAAACACUAUGGAGAAAAGCCAGUUGGGAUGGGCGGUACAUUUAUCAUUCAAAAAGGGAAAGCAAAGAUUCACAUAAUGCCUCCAGAAUUUUCUGCCUGUCCUCUGAAUACCGAUGAGGAUGUGAAUAACUGGCUGAAAUUCUUUGAAAUGAAGGCUCCACUGAUUUGUCAGCCAGUAAUAGUUUCCAGAGAUCCAGGCUUUGAUCUGCGCGUGGAGCACACCCACUGCUUCAGCCACCACGGGGAAGGAGGGCACUACCACCACGACACCAGCCCCGAGAGCGUGCAGUACCUGGGGUACCUCCUGCCCGCAGAGCUGCUCUUCCGCAUCGACAGGCCCCAGGAGACGCACCUGGUCGGGAGGGACUGA